CAGACCAGAGGAGCGGGCGGAGAGCUGCGGCGGAGCUGAAAUGAAGCGCACACACGGAGCAGCUCCCAGCAGCUCAGGACGAGGUUCUGCGCCGCCACAGCUGAACGCAGCUCCGGCUGAAUGAAGGGCUCCGUCCAUGCGGAGGUUAGCGCUUGUUCUCCUGCCCUGCGCUGUCGCCGUCCUGCUGCGCUUGUGGUUGGCACAACGACCGUCCUCCGCCCCGCCGGACAGCACUCAGACGGAUGAUGCCUUGCCUUUUUAUGAAGUUUUGGUGGGAGUGCUCUCGGCCAGACAACAUUAUGGACUGCGACAGGCCAUAAGGGACACCUGGCUGGGAUACCUCCAGCGUCACCGCCGCUUCAGGCACAGAGUGGAGGUGAAGUUUAUUGUGGGGAAACAUGGCUGUCCUAUUCCAGAGGAAGAUAGAGAAGAUCCAUACUCUUGUACGCUCCUUAACUUCACUGAGCCAGUGGCAGGCCAGGAUGCAGAAAUAGAGCUUGUCGUGGUCUCUGACCCCUCUCUGCUCAGCCCCUCUGAUGUGCCGGCCUUGGCCUUGGAUUUCAAGGUCCUCCAUCCAGUAGUCAUCACCCGGCUGGGUGUUUUUCCCAGCAGGAUCCAACCCAAGCUUCAGAGCAACGUGACUGUGAAGCUUCUCCAGAUGGACCAGGAGGAGGCUGUGGUUACAGCUCGCUUCAGUGCCGCAAGCACAGGGACCCUGAUGAACGGGGUGUGGUAUAAACCGGUGGAGCAGUUCAUUUUGCCUAAGGGUUUUGAGGGAACGCUGGUUUGGGAAAGUUCAGACUUUGCUCUGCUGACCACAGUCAACUCGUCUCUGCGCCUUAAUGAUGGAGGAGGAGUCCUCAAGAUCUCCUCUAUUGUGGAAGGCAUAUUGCCUCAUCGAAGUGCUGUUGGAUUUCCUGGUUUGGCUGGAGGAUUUACAUUCACUAUUUAUGAUGGAGACGGUCUGUCGGCGCUCCUACGGGGCCGUCCAGCCAGGAUGGAGCACCAUGCCUCCAGGCUGCAGCAGGAAGACGCUGCCUUGCAGCAGGAAAGCCUCCGGCAUGGUGAUAUGGUGUUUGUAGAUGUGGUGGACACCUACAGGAGUGUGCCUUCCAAGCUGCUUCAGUUCUGUAAAUGGUCUGUGGAAAACAUUGACUUUAAUCUGCUUCUGAAGACAGACGAUGAUUGUUACAUUGAUGUGGAUUCGGUAUUAGUGAAGAUUGACCACAAGGAUCUCAAGCGCAACAAUUUUUGGUGGGGGAAUUUCAGGCAGAGCUGGGCAGUGGAUCGCAUUGGGAAGUGGCAGGAGCUGGAGUACGCGAGUCCAGCCUACCCAGCGUUUGCCUGCGGCUCGGGCUACGUGGUCUCUCAUGAUCUGGUCCAGUGGCUGGCCAGUAAUGCAGAGAAACUGAAGGCCUACCAGGGAGAAGAUGUGAGCAUGGGUAUAUGGAUGGCAGCUGUUGGACCUCAAAAAUAUCAGGAUCCUGGCUGGCUGUGCGAGAAGGAUUGUUACCUGGACAUGUUGUCGUCUCCUCAGCACACAGCCGAAGAACUGCACCUCCUCUGGGAGAGGAAAAAGGCCUGUGGAGAUCCCUGCGGUUGUUCCUGGGGCCGCUAAAUCUGGCUCCAACCACACGGUGGCACUGUGUGCAAAAUUCACUGGACGUAUGUGAUAUUAACACAGAUUUUCAAUGUGGUGAAAGGUCUUUAAAAUGUUGAAAAUCUUAGAGGUCAUGCGUGCUUUAGGACGCUCACAUUUUACUGCAACAUUCUGUCCAUUCUCUUACAUUACAAAUGUGUGUGUGUGCUAUGUGACAGAAAUAACUGUUUUAACUGACUGGUUGACAAAGUGUGUACAGGAUUGUUAUUGAAAGUAGUUUGUAAAAUAAUUAUAGGAAAAUGUGCCAUGUACAGGAUUGUUAUUGAAAGUAGUUUGUAAAAUAAUUAUAGGAAAAUGUGCCAUUUUAAAGAUUGUUACAUG